GCACCCUGGGAACGAGGCAAAUCGUCGGAUGCGUGGCGUGCGCAAAUCUUCCGCGCUGCAAGAAAAGAGAAAAGUGUGUGGAAGUGAUCCAGCAUGGCAGAAAACGCGCCGGUUGAUUUGCCUUACAAAGCGGAAUACGCCAAGAGUGGCCGGGCAUCUUGCAAGGGGUGUAAGGGAAAGAUAGAAAAGGAUGAAUUGCGACUUGCAGCAAUGGUGCAGUCUCCCAUGUUUGAUGGGAAGGUGCCCCACUGGUAUCACUUCAACUGCUUCUUUACGCGGCAGAGACCAAGGUCGGUUGGCGACGUUGACAACUUUGGAUCCCUCCGUUGGGAUGACCAGAAACGCCUGGAAGAGAAAAUCCAGUCCAAGUUCGUCGCAGGCACAACCGGGGAUGACCUGAAGGACUUUUCGACAGAAUAUGCAAAGUCCAACAAAAGUACCUGUCGUGGAUGCAACGAAAAGAUUGCCAAGGGUUUGGUACGAAUCUCAAAGCUGGACUAUGACAGCGGUUUCUCAAAGAUGCGAGGUCCUACCCCUCAGUGGUACCACAUUGACUGCUUUGCUAAGGAAAGGGACUCCCUGGACUACACACUGGGUGCGGAGAGCCUUCCUGGCUUCAUGACCCUAGGUGUCGAUGACCAGAAGACGCUCAAGGAAAAGAUCAAGAAAUUGGAGAGGAAGCGUAAGCCUAAAGCGGACGAAACGGAUUCUCCUCCCAAAAAGGUGAAGAAGGAAGAGAACAAAGAGGAGGAAUCGGCACUCAAGAAACAAGCAGAAAUGAUAUACAAGUACAGGGAUAAUCUCCAAAGGAACAUGUCGAAGAAAGAGCUUCAGGAAUUGUUGGAAUUCAAUGAGCAGGAUGUGCCGCCAGGGGAGAGCAGGAUCCUGGAUCUAUUGGCGGAUGGUUUGGCAUUCGGUGCUCUUCAACGAUGUCCAGAGUGCACGGAGGGUCAGCUACGUUUCAAAACUGAAGGGUACAGAUGUAGCGGCAACAUGAGCGGGUGGACAAAGUGCAUGUACGUCACUCAAGAUCCGAAAAGAACUCCGUUCAAGAUUCCGCAGGAGAUGAAGGAGGCGUACCCCUUUUUGGCAAAGUACAAGUCUGUCACAAAAAAAAGAGUGUUUCCCGCCAACAUGCCAAAGCCGUCCGAGGCCUCGACGUCUGCAAACGGCAAGGCGGAGAAGGAACGUCCACUUAAUGGCUACGAAGUCGCGAUUGGCCGGACAAAGUCAAGCUCGGAUGAGGUGAAAGCAAAGCUCUCCACCCUGGGAGCGAAGGCAGUGACGAAAGUGUCCGAAAACACACUGUUCCUCAUUUCAACUGAAGAGGAUGUUCAGAAGAAAAGCAAGAGGGUGAAGGAGGCAGAAGCCCACAAUGUACAAGUGGUGUCUGAGAAAAUCUUGGAGUCCCUCACCGCUGGUAGUGUGGCGUCUGUGGUCAAUCAACACAAGAUUGCACCAUGGGGAUGUGAUAUUGCAGCGAAAUUGGAAAAGAACAAGAAGAAGUCACAAAUGGACAAGAUGUUUACGAAGAGUGGCCCUUCCGUUAUGAAGCUCAUGGUUAAAGGACAAGCAGCAGUGGAGCCAGAGUCAGGCCUCGCAACUGUGGCCCAUGUCUACACACGUGGUGAGGACAUCUACAGCUCUGUGCUGGGCAUGGUGGACAUCAAUCGGGGCACAAAUUCUUUCUACAAGCUCCAAGUGUUGGAAAGCGACAGCCGCAACAGAUACUGGGUGUUCCGGUCAUGGGGUCGUGUUGGCACAACCAUUGGAGGGAACAAGCUGGAGGAGAUGGAUACACUUGACGAUGCCCUUCUCCAGUUUAAGGCGCUGUUCGAGGAGAAAACUGGUAACCUGUGGUCGAAUCGAAAAAAUUUUGAGAAGCACCCCAGCCGUUUCUACCCACUCGAAAUGGACUACGGCCAGGGUGGCGAUCUUGGUUCCCAGAAAGCUCUGAAAGUAGGAGGUAACUCCAAGCUGCACAAGGCAGUACAAGAGCUGAUCUGCCUAAUCUUUGACGUAGACAACAUCAAGAAAACAAUGCUGGAAUUUGAGAUCGAUCUGAACAAGAUGCCGCUAGGAAAGCUGUCCAAGAGGCAGAUCCAACAGGCGUAUGGUGUUUUAAACGAACUGAAUGAGUUGAUUAAGUCCGGAGGAAGUGAAGGUCGCUUCUUGGAUGCAUCUAAUCGUUUCUACACGCUGUUGCCUCAUGACUUCGGCAUGAAUACUCCUACCAUACUGAACAAUGAAGAUGUCAUCAAGCAAAAAAUUGACAUGCUGGACUCCCUGCUAGACAUCGAGGUGGCAUGCAACAUGUUGAACACCGAAAGUGGUGACAGCUCAGAGGACCCCGUCGACUUCCACUACGGUCAGCUCAAGGCCGACAUACAGGUCCUGGACAGCAGUGCCGAUGAGUUCAGCUUGCUCCAAAAGUACAUGGAGACCACUCAUGCAGCUACUCAUUCCAGUUAUUCGCUGGAGCUUCUUGAGUUGUUCAAGGUGUCUCGGGAAGGCGAGGCGAAGAGGUACAAGCCCUUCAGGAAGCUUCACAAUCGCAAGCUCCUCUGGCACGGAUCUCGUCUUGCGAACUUUGCUGGCAUCCUCUCCCAAGGUCUACGUAUUGCUCCUCCAGAAGCACCCGCUACUGGCUACAUGUUUGGGAAAGGUAUCUACUUUGCUGACAUGGUGUCCAAGAGUGCAAACUAUUGCUGCACUUCUCCAGCCAACCCUGUUGGCCUCCUGCUCCUUUGCGAAGUUGCGUUAGGAAACAUGUAUGAAAAGAAACAAGCAGAAUUUGUCACAAAGCUACCACCAAACCUUCAUUCCACAAUGGGUAUGGGCCAGACUGCUCCUAGUCCCGCCAACAAGGUUGUCAACCCAGACGGGGUCGAAAUCCCGUUGGGCCCUGCAGACCAGACCGGUGGCAAGACAAAGGGUUACUCCCUCCUGUAUAAUGAAUACAUCGUCUACGAUGUUGCUCAAGUGCAGAUAAAGUACCUCAUGAAGGUGAAGUUCAACUACAAGUACUAGAGCAUGGUGCAAAGGAUCGUCGCCAUGAUUCUUUUGAAUUUUCGGUUGCCAAAGAAGAGUGUGCAUCCUGGCAUUCCAGUUUAUACUCUACAAGUAGCGAUACUCUGGAACACAACGUUCGUUUGUUCAUCAGGAACGGAGCACAGCUGCAUUUUGGUAUGACACUUGUAAAUAGUGACGUUGCUAAAUAAAACAUGUGCUUCCAAGUGGG